UGUGUGCUGUACAAAGAAACAGUAGUUUUACCUCUGCCAUACUUUGGUGUUUUGGAGGUCUGGGAAAAUAUAUAUCUGGAUGUAAUGUCUGAAGAAAACACUACCACAGUAAUCAAGGAGUUUGUAUUUGUAGGGUUAACAAGUGAUCCUACACUGCAGCUCAUACUCUUUUUUGUGAUCCUAGCUAUUUAUAUGACCACCUUGGUUGAAAAUCUAGGAAUGAUAGCCUUAAUAAGGGCCACUCCCCGGCUCCAAACGCCAAUGUACUUUUUUCUCAGCAGCCUGUCUUUCCUGGAUAUAUGCUAUUCUUCUGCGUUUGCUCCAAUGGCAUUAGUGAACUUCAUAGCAGAUAAAAAGUCCAUUUCUUUAAUUGGAUGUGCAAUGCAAAUGUACUUUUCUAUAAGUCUGGGAAGCAUAGAGUGCUUUCUCUUGGCUGCGAUGGCCUACGAUCGCUACGUGGCUAUCUGCAAACCACUGUUGUAUCCAGUCCUCAUGUCUCCAAGAGUCUGUACUUUUUUGGUGGUGGGGUCAUACGUCCUUGGGCUUUUGCAUUCUCUUGUCCAUACAGUCUUCACCUUCAGGCUGUCAUUCUGUCACUCUAAUAAGAUCAAUCAUUUAUACUGUGAUAUCACUGCACUUUUAUCCCUCUCCUGUUCUGACAUCUACAUCAAUGAACUCCUGAUGUUUUAUGUGGCUGGACCAGUGGAAGCAACCACCAUUCUGAGCGUCAUGGUUUCCUAUAUGUAUAUUCUUACCAACAUUGUGAGGAUCAGCUCAUCUGCAGGCAGACUCAAAGCCUUCUCCACUUGCACCUCCCACCUGACUGUGGUCACAAUCUUCCAUGGGGCAAUUCUCAUCUUGCAUUUCCGACCAACAUCUAGCAAUGGACCUGCAUUCCAAGAUGUGAGUGACAAAGUUCUAACUGUGUUCUAUACAAUUGUCAUUCCCUUGCUGAACCCUUUGAUUUACACUGUGAGAAACAAGGAGGUAAAGGAUGCCUUGGCAGGUAUUCAAAGGAAAAUGUAUGCCAAAAUGAUUAAGUAA